AGACACUAGUGUUUGUGUCGAGGACGUAUCGUCGUGACAUGUUGUUUUCUUGUAUGCUUUUCCUUCUGAUGAAGGAUCACAAAAAAUUCGAACAAGGUGUGCAAUAUGUGCGUUCCCUCCUGAUCUCUCCCAUCUGAAGCAGUUCGGCCGUAGUUGGCGCCCUCAGCAGAACAGCGCUUCGUAGUAGUACGAGCCGGUUUAUUACUGGACGCGACUGCUGCACUUGAAAUACACCAGAACCCAGCUAAAGAACAAGGACGGACGUCAUGAAUUCAACUUCUUCCUCGACCCGCGUGGCGCCCAUGGGCAACUACCUUCCGCCCCAACCCACAUCACAGCACCACAACCAAAAUGUCGAGCAGAACACCCGUAGUACGAGUACCCUCCGUCUUUUCGGGCGGAAAAUCACGAUCGAGAAAGUUUUCAACAAGGGUUUUAUCCGUAUGGGGAAGGAGAGGUCCGCUCUACGGGAUAGCAGAAAGGGCUAUGUUUCCGUCACAGAUUCCUGGUAUUUCUUACUGCUAGAUUCCACCUGGCGCCGCAUGGUGAUCUACGUGGUUUUCUUCUACGUCCUCUGCGGUUUCGUCUUCACCUGCAUCUCCCUGCCCUUCAUAUGGCCUCCUCAGCUGUUACGUUCUCAACUGUUACGUAGCGAGGUGCUGUCUUUUGAUCAUUUUAACUAGCUAUGCCGAGCGGUAGCUAAAAUCAUUAAUUUUUUUAAUUAAAAUUGCGUUUUUUGAAAUCGCGGCGGAGGGCUGGAUCCACGGAGCGGCAAGGCGGAAAUCCGGAACCUGCAGCUGCAAUAUGGAUUGCAAAAUCCCGCAGCCACAAACAGCCAGCCUUCCGGGGGACCUUCCUUCUGCGGGUGGUUGCCAGUUAUCAGCUCCAAAGUCCCGCCUCCAGCAUGACAAAUCUCCAGAUCCCAGACCCCAGGAGGAGGUCUCUGUGACUAUUAGAAUUCAUGCAUCAGACGCGGAGAUUUGUCAUGCUGGAGGCGGGAUUUUGCAAUCCAUAUUGCAGCUGCAGGUUCCGGAUUUCCGCCUUGCCGCUCCGUGGAUCCAGCCCUCCGCCGCGAUUUCAAAAAACACAAUUUUAAUUAAAAAAAUUAAUGAUUUUAGCUACCGCUCGGUAUAGCUAGUUAAAAUGAUCAAAAAACAGCACCUCGCUACGUAACAGUUGAGAACGUAACAGCUGAGGAGGCCAUACUUCACGGAACGAAUUUUAAACUCCACCACCUACAAAAACGAACACGUCUCCGAGCGGGAGACGGCGUUAGUGUUUUCCGUGACGCACGUGGUCACCAUGGGCUACGGGCAAUUUUUUCCCUACGACAAGGAAACGGAGCGACCGGACCUGGGGCUGUUUUUCCUCGCCAGCAGCCAGCAGUUCUGCGGGGUCAUCAUCAACGUUUUGGUUUUUACCAUUGUUGUGACGAAACUGCAACACCCCAUGCCCUAUGAACUGCCAAUAUGUCUGGGUCUCGACGGAUGCAGGGUUUGUCAUGCUUGUCUGGCAUGACAGAGAAACUUGUGAUGCGUGUGCAAGAAGAGACCCUUUUGGUUUUGCUUGUCAUGCAAAAACGAAGCACGUCAUGCCGCAUGACAUGCGGAAAGCGCAACACUAUAGCCGCGCAUAUAUUUCUCAUGCUCUGCUGUGCGUUACAGGGUAUUGACUGUUCACGCCCCAGCAUUACAAGUUCCAGACCCACCAGACAUAUUUGCAUUGCAUAUGCCCGCGAUCGUGUUUGCGAAAAACGCUUUGGUGAUAUCAACUGCAAAUAUGUCAGUCUGGGUGUGGAAGGAUGCGAACUUGUGAUGCGCAUUUCACAACACAGACCAAUCUCUCAUGCAUAGGCAGCAAAAGGUGCCCCUUUCCUGUCACCAAGAAGGGGGGAUUUGUCAUGCGGAUUAAGCAAUGCGGAACCUUCUGUCUCGAAAUCUGUGAUGCUAGGGCUUCCAUGACAUACAUUUUGUGUCAUGCAAAAACAGCAUGACAAAAAUCUGCAUUCUUCCAGACCAAGACACUUUAACAUUUGAUAGGUGACAACGCGGAACAACUUGCCGGUCUUACUCUUCCGCAUCGGGAACCUUCGUUGCAACCACAUCUACAUGCCGACGGUCCGGGUGUCCAUGCUGAAGAUCGAGCAUAUGGCGCUCUCAACUGCUACAUUACGAACUACGAACUUCUGUCGUCUGGACACCAUUGGAAAAAAAUGUUUUGAUGUUUUGAAAGAAUUGGGAUUGAAGAUUUUCAAAAACCUUUUCCAGUAGCGCACUACUACACGACUUGGAGGACUACAUGAUGAGGGUCCAGCAAAAAAAAUUGUUUGUCCUUUUUCCGAUGUACGCUACGUAUGCAAGACGAAAAUGCUGCCCCACGGUCUAUGCGUGAGGGCGGCCUGCAC